AUGCCUACAGCGUGGGAUCCAUCCAUACUUGGUGUCCGUGAAGCCAACCCACGCACGGUCAUCGAAGGAGAUUUGAUCUCCGACUUGGACAUUGCCGUUCCAGUGAGAGACGGCACGAUUCUGCGCGGAAACGUUCAUCGGCCCCUUGGUCAGGAGGGUCAGAAGCUCCCCGUGUUGUUCAACUACACUGUUUACGGCAAGGAUGGUGCAACAGACAUUAGCAUCUUCCCAGCUUCAACUGGGCUGGAGAAAGAUCGCAUCACUGAGCAUUACAUCUUUGAAGCAGCUGAUCCUGGGUGGUGGUGUCCUCGUGGCUACGCUGUUGCUUAUGUUGAUGCUAGGGGGUCGUGUCAAUCUGAUGGAGACAAAAGUUAUUACUCCAGGGAUGUUGGUCUUGACGGCUAUGACAUUGUGGAAUGGCUAGCCAAACAGCAGUGGUCCAACGGAAAGGUUGGCAUGUACGGUGCUAGCGGCUAUGCUAUGCUCCAGUAUCUCGUGGCUGCCGAACAGCCCCCAUCUCUUGCCGCAAUCAUACCCAUCGAUGGAAUGACCGACAUUUACCGUGAAAUGGCUAGGAAGGGCGGUAUUCCAGAGACCCACUUCAGCGAGGUGUACCCAACACUUUACAAUUGGGGCAAGAACCUCGUUGAAGAUCCGACUGACGGGCCCAAGACGCACCCGUACUUUGAUGAAUACUGGCAAAGCAAGAUCGCAGCGCUUGACAAAAUCCAAUGCCCAGCAUACGUCAUCUGCUCCUGGAAUGAUCAUGGAAUCCAUACUCGCGGGACGUUGAACGCUUGGGAGAAAAUAACGUCACGGGAAAAGUACCUUGAGCUUCAUGGGCACCAGAAAUGGGAGUGGGCUGCCUUGGAUGAAUCUCUGAGCAGACACAAGGCCUUCCUGGACCACUACCUCCUGGGGUUAUCGACAGAAAUACAGUUCUGGCCCAGAGUUCGAUAUGUCGUGAGGGAGCGCCAUUAUGUUGGCGAAUGGCGGUAUUCUGACGCCUUUCCUAUCCCGGAAACACAGUAUACCAAGCUGUUCCCAACACCCACUGGAGGGUUGAGUAAGAUUUCCCAACCCGCGGAGCACCAGGUUUCAUAUGACGCAAAGGAGGGCGAGGUGGUCUUUGAACUCCCUCUGCGCAACUCCCUCGAGUUUGUCGGACAUGCGAAACUCCGACUGUGGGUGGAAGUUGCCGAGGGGGGCGACAAUUUGGACCUUUUUAUCACGCUACGCAAAAAAGACAAAAAGGGAAACGAAGUAUACUUUCCCUGGCUCACCAUUAUCGACGACGGACCGAUUGGGUUCGGUUGGCUCCGAGCUUCACGCCGAGAACUCGACGAGGCCAAGUCCACACCCUGGCGCCCGGUACACUUACACCGCCGGGACCUGGAGCCCUUGAAGCCCGGCGAUGUGGUUUGCGUUGAUAUCGAGAUACAACCUACCAGCUGCCGUUUCAGAGCCGGUGAUAGACUGGACCUCGUGGUUUCUGGUCACGACUACGGCAACUUUCCAGGUCUUCCAGUUGUCCGUCACAACGACACGAUAAACAAAGGACGUCAUAUCAUUCAUUUCGGCGGCAAAUACGACUCCCACCUCCUGCUCCCUGUCCUCCCUGGCUUCCAAAACUCCUUCAGUCGGAAGAAAUCGUGGAUCAAAAUGACCAUCGCAUGCAGACGAAUUCCAGGUUGGUCCGAAGAGAAGUUUUUGGAAGAAUACACUGGCGUUCAUGCGGAAGCGACUAGACAUGUUUCCAACGUGGUGCCGCACCUGCGCAAUUACACCCAAGUCGUUGGACUGCCCCAUGUCGAUGUCAAAGGCAUACCCACUGGCGGCUUGGCUGCCUGGGAUGCCGUCACAACACUUGGCUGGACAACCUUGCAUGCCCUCUGGGGGUCAUUCCGAAACCCGGCGUACAAAGCCUCGGCCGGCAACCACGUCUUUACCGAUAGCUCAGCACAGACCGGAAUACUCAGCCAGUCAUUUGCAGAGAUCAUGUUCGAUCCCAUCGCGUUCGAGAAGCUGGGUAAGAAACCAGCUGUGCUUCAAGUAUUAUUGGCGAGAUCACGCGCCGGUGCGCACUCCGAUCCCAGCGAAGCGGACCUCGAAGCUCGCGCGGAUCACGUCGGGAAAAUCGGAGCCGGCACUGGUCUGCUGAGAUACGUUCUUAACCGAGCCGUGGUUUCUUCAACUGUCGAAUCUAUCUUCGAGGGGACUCCCUUCAGCACAACUGACUGGACGACCAUGUCGGCAUUCGAGCAGUACUGGUUCCCUGAUCGCGAGUCAGUCAUUUCCUUCCUUUCCGAGAACGAGAGAUCCGGCAAGAUCUUUGGUACACUGCCCAAGUCUUUUGACUUGAGCAAGUCUUUUGCUGUCAUUGGCGACGAGAACAUUGUGGUGGAAAAGGAACUUUUUUAA